UAUUGAAUAAAAAAUUCCCAAAUUUUGGCUUGACAAAAUUCCACCAAAAAUUCAGUCCAAAUUAGGGUUCAAAGUCCUCCAGAAUUCCAAAUUACCAAAUCAAUACAACAGCUUAAAAAAAAAACUAGAUCAGGGGUUUUUUCAUAUCCCCAAACCUGUGUAGUCUGUUGCUUGCUAUGUGCAUGCUGCUUCUAUCUAUCUCACUCAAUCCCCAAAUGGGUUUUUUCAUAUCCUCAAACCCAUUCCUCUGUGCUUGCUGCUUCUCUCUCUCACUCAAUCCCCAAACAGGUUUUUUUUCAUUUUCUCAAACCCAUAGGAACUGUUUGUUGCUCCCUCUUUGCAUGCUGCUUGUCUCUCUGUAUGUACUGCUUCUCUGGUUCUCCCUUUCUGAGUGCUGCUCCAAUUGGGGUUUUCUUCUUCUUCAUCUCUGUCCAGAACUCCAUAAGCUUCUUGCGGCUGUUUAAACUUUGAAGUAACGGGUCACCAACUCACCAUACGGUAGUUAUCAUAUCUCCGGAUGCUUCCAACUCACCAUACCGUAGUUAUAAUAUGGCGAAUCCAUAUGGUGUGUUUAUCAUGGUGUAUCCAUAUGCUGUAUUUAUCAUGGUGUAUUCAUAUGGUAUAUUUUUUUUGGAACCUACUAAAUAGGUGUAUUUCACAAUUUCUAUUAUUUUUAAACUUAACCUAUUUUUUUACUCCGAUUUGUUGAUCCUAGGGCGAUAUAUUUGUGAUAUCUUUCUAUGAAAUAUUUUUUGUGAAUUCGUACUUUUCACCAGAUUUUUUUAUCCAACUUUAAAAAAAAAAAACGAUUUAUUUCUAAUUUUAUGGUGAACCGAAUUAUUGACAGUCCCUCGACAUGCUAUGUUUGGAGGUAAUUCAAAAAUCUUUUCAAAAACUGCAUCCAAAUGACAUGAAAUGUCCUUUUUGAAAUUACAAGCCAUCUAUAUGAAAUGCCAUGAAAGCAUUUGCUCCAUCGUUGAUGAAGAAACUAUUCAUGACGCCAAACAAGCUCUCUUCAACCAAAACUGUGAGUUUGAGCUCCUUAGCUUCUCUCUUAACUGAACCCAUUAGCGUCCAAUUUGUCCAACAAUUUCAUGCUAGAUACAUCAUUAAUGGCCUCCACCAAAACGCGAGUAUAGCUUAUGAGCUAAUAAACUUGUAUUCUCUCACUAAAAACCAUGGCUAUUCCCAAAGGAUUCUUGACACUGUGACAAACCCAACUCUUAUUUUGUUCAAUACCAUCAUCAGAAACCAUUCGAACAAUGGAUUGUUUGAUGAAAUUCUGCAACUGUAUAGGCGAAUUUUUGUGAAUUCUAUGUACCCAGACGAGUUUGCUUUUCCAUUUGUGCUUAAAUCUUGCUCCUAUGUACUAGCAUUUCAGUAUGGUGAGAAAAUUCAUUCUGAUAUUGUUAAAUUAGGCUAUGAAUCCUUUGUUUUUGUGAGCUCUGCACUUCUUCAUUUGUAUCUUAAAGCUGGCAAGCUUGUAAUUGCAAGGAAUUUGUUUGAUGAAAUCCCUGAGAGAAAUUUGAUAUCUUGGAAUACAAUGAUAGAGGGUUGCAAUUUGUGUGGGGAUGCUAAUGGGGCUUUUUCACUUUUUAGAGAGAUGAGAGAGAAAGGUAUUAGUCCAGAUUAUGUUACUAUGACGUGUAUGUUGCGUGCGUGCAUUAAGCUUGGGUGUUUACAGUUAGGCCUGGCUCUUCAUUGUGUGAUUGUUUUGAAUGAUCUAGAGGGAGAAUUAACUAUUGGUACUGGUCUUGUAGCAAUGUACACUAAAUUUGGAAGUUUAGAAAUGGGUCGUCGGGUUUUUGAAAGAAUGCAUGAGAGAGAUGUAGUCUCAUGGAAUGCCAUGAUAGGAGGGUAUAACCAGAACAAUCUACCAGUAGAUGCACUAAACUUGUUUAGAGAAAUGGAAAUUUCAGGCAUCAAGCCUGAUCACAUCACAGUGGUCAUGGCCAUCAUAGCAGUUGCUGAAAUGAGAGCUGUUGUAUUGGGCAAGCAGCUCCAUGCUCAUUCAGUAAGAAACUGUAUCGCCUAUGAAGUUACAGUUCAGAAUUCAUUGAUUGAUAUGUACUCAAAAUGUGGGGAUUUAGAGAAAUCUCACUUGAUUUUUGAAAAACUAUCGAAUAAAACAGUGGUUUCCUGGAGUUGCAUUGUACAAGGGUAUGUACGCCAUGAAAGAAGUGUUGAAGCUCUAGCUCUCUAUGCGCAAAUGAUGCACGAGGGCAUGAGACCUGAUUCAAUCACACUGGUUAAUGUGUUGCCUGCUUGUGUGAGCUUAGGAGCACUUCAAGUAGUGAAGAACAUACAUUGCUAUAUGACCAAAUACAAUUUAGAUUCUCUCACUUCCUUAGUCACAUCUCUCUUGGUGAGCUAUACCAAAUUGGGCUGCAUAGAAGCUGCGCAGGAGCUUUUCCACAGAGAAUUGUUAAAUAGAGAUAGAGAUGUUGUGGCUUAUAAUGCGAUGAUCGGAGCUUACGCCAUGAAUGGGAAUUGGAUCAUGUGCAAGGAUUUGUUUGCGCAAAUGAAGAGAGAGAAAGUGAGGCCUGAUCAUGUUACAUUCUUGGGGCUGUUAUCAGCUUGUGCCCACUUGGGGAUCUUGUUUGAGGGCUGGGACAUAUUCAAUGGCAUGAGCCUUAGCCAUGGCUGUGAGCCUCAACUGGAACACUAUGCUUGCAUGGUCAAUCUUUUGGGUCGAAAGGGCAAUCUUGAAGAAGCCCUAAGGCUCAUAGAGACCAUGCCAUUUGAAACUGAUUCUCGAAUAUGGGGUGCACUCUUAAGUGCUUGUAAAGUCCACAAAGAUACCAACAUUGCAGAGUUUGCAGCCGAGGAGCUUCUCAAGAGAGAGCCAUCAAAUGCAGGGAAUUAUGUUCUUCUCUCUAACAUCUAUGCAUCCGCUGGGAAGUGGGAGAAAGUGGCUAAGCUAAGGGCUAUGCUCAAGAAUCGAGGUUUGAGGAAGAACACAGGGUUCAGCUGGCUUGAGAUGCGAGGGCGAGUGCAUGCUUUCAGUGCAGGAGAUCAGUCUCAUUCGAGAUCAGAAGAUAUUUACAGUAUCCUGGAUGCCUUGAGUUUACAAAUCAAGGAGGAAGAGGCAUGGCUACCUGACUGAGCUAGCAUUCUCUAUGAUAUUUGAAAUGAGAUGGACAAAGUUAAAAUUUGAAGGAAAAAAGGAUGUAUUACUGAGCUAGCAAUCUCUAUGAUAUUUGAAAUGAGAUGGACAAAGUUAAUAUUUGAAGGAAAAAAGGAUGUAUUCUCUCAGAUGUUACUUGUGAGAGAAUCAAAGACAUGGAAAACUCCUUCUUAAGCUCACAUUCCAUGUAGAUUUGCUGAGCCACACACUUAUAAAGUGUCGAUACAUACUCAAAAAUUGCUGACAUCAUCAGACACAUAUGAUUAAGUGUCAGUGGCGGUCUGUGCAUGUCGACAUGUGUCUAACUGUCCAUACAUGUCAACACACGACACCAAGAAAAAUAUGAAGUGUUCAGGUAACGCGAGAGUGCAAAUUGAAGAAGAGCCAUGGUUAAAUUGAGCUAACAUUCUCUGAUAAUAUUGUGAAAAAUGACGGCAUGAAAAUUCGUGCUUGAACUGACAUUUUCUAUUAGAUUUGCUGAGCCAUGGGAGGACUAAGUUCUAGGAAAGGCUGGCAGUUAGAUCGAUAAGUGUUUCUUUUAGUGUAAAGAGCGAAUGGGUUUUUCUUGGUCAGUGUAAGUUUGAUUAUUUGGCUAUAGCAUGGAGAGCUAUGGCGAGCUUACCUCAUGAUCAUGAUGCUUAAUAGAACCGAAACAAAGCUAGAAAGUUAAAAGACUUGCAAUUCAUACAAGCCGACUAGCCUUUGGCACAAUAUAGGCUGGAUGACCCAGAUUGGAUUUGGAGGAGAGGGGUAGACGAAGAGCCAGAUACAGGGAUAGGCAGGAAUAGACGAAGAACCACAUGGGAUCGGAUGGACUCCCAUUUCUGGACACGUGUAUAUCUGAUCUAAAUACUUCAAAUAAAAAUAAAAAGAUCCUGGUUUCUUGAAAAUAUCGUGGUAAAGUGAGUCCACUCUUGUUGCCUGUUUUGAUUCUCUUCUCCUUCAACUUGGUUUUUCCAACUUAUACUAUGCCAAUUGGCUCACAGAAAUCAUCUUCCUUGUUUAAGUUUUCUUUUUUGGAAUCUCAUUAUAAAACUAUUUUAGUAUAACAUGGAACUUUACCUCAUCUCUAUUCUGAAUGAUGCUGGACAUCGUAUGUCUCAAAGGCCAAUUAUGGGGCAGCAUUUCUAUAACUCGUAUUGUGUUAGACAUUGUUUCAGAUAUCCGUAUCUUUGUGUAACAUUGGUGGUACAAAACUUCAUCUUGGUGACCUCUCCUAUGUUGACACCU